CAAAACCAAGAAGAGGUGUGGAACUAGCUUGGAAGCCUGAAGGAGGCUGCUUUCUGCCUGUCUGCACUUGCCUCUUGCUGUUCAAAGCUGUUUCAGAAGUUCUGAAUCACAUCAUAUUAUCUUGAUCUGGGGAACGGAGAAGAUCAGGGAGACAGCCUCCGAAGAGGCAGAGCAAAGCAAACAUUUGUCUCUGUUGCUGUGUGCACACACUGUGCAUUGCCUUCCCGCUUACUCCCUUCCUUGCAUAAAGAUGACAAGAGCCUCCUGGCCCCUGUCAAACCAAAGGGAGGCGGACAGAGGAGGAGCAGAUGAGAGGCUCAGCAGUCGGGAGAAAAUGUAAAGCAUGAAGAAGCGGCUCCCUGUUCGUUGAAGGAUGGCGUCCCUCCAAAUGCUCCUGCUGCUGCAUUUGUUCCCCUCUCUUGGAUCUGCGAAGGGUUUUUUGAGAUCCCAGUCUACUCAGAACAUUUUGCAGAAUGCAGUAUUUGAUGCAUGUGAUAUGGAGUCCUUAGGAUAUUAUAAUGGGUCUCUUGCUGUGACCAUCUCUGGAUCAGUGUGCUUAAACUGGUCAGACUUCCCUGAUUACAUUCAGCAGUAUCCAAAUCGGGGGUUAGGAAACCACAACUACUGCAGGAAUCCAGAUGGUGGAGCAAUACCUUGGUGUUUCUAUCAACUUGCUUCUGGAGCAAUUGGCUGGGCUAACUGUGACUGUAGCCAGGGUGCUGUGCGACUGAUGGAGGAUGGCAAGGUGGAGUUAUACUUCAGCGGACUGUGGGGCAUGAUCUGCGGGGAUCAGUGGACGGACUGGGAUGCCAGUGUGGUCUGCAGACAGCUUGGCCUAGGUGAAAUCGGCACAGCCGAAAAAGAGAACUAUUCUGGUCUGGAGCAGAUGCCCUUCCACCUGCAGUCUGCCAACUGUCACGGGGAUGAGAAGAUGCUGUUGCAAUGCAAUUACCAAGAGAGGUCCAGAACCUGCAUCCAGGGAAUUGCAGUGGCAAAUUGUGUCCCACCUCAAGGUGUAGGGUCUCCACUUCGUCUGGUGGGGGGGAAGAAGAGGUUUGAAGGACGAGUGGAAGUGUACCACGAUGGAAAUUGGGGCACUAUCUGUGAUGACCAAUGGGAUGACAAGGAUGCAGCAGUGGUUUGCCGGCAGCUUGGCCUCAGUGGAACUCCGAAGGCUGUGUCUUGGGCUCGCUUUGGGCAGGGCUCAGGGCCAAUUCUUCUGGAUGAAGUGGAGUGCUCAGGCAAUGAAUUUUUGUUGGACCAAUGCAAGAAAAGUAACUGGGGAGAGCACAACUGUGACCAUAUUGAAGAUGCUGGGGUAACCUGUGACCCUUUUGCAGCAGAAGGUAGUAUCCGACUGGCAGGAGGCCACAACCCACAUGAAGGGAGAGUGGAGGUAUACCACAACGGAGGCUGGGGAUGUGUGUGUGAUGAUGGUUGGUCAGGUAUCAACGCCCAGGUGGUCUGCAGGCAACUGGGCUUCAGAGGCCCAGCCAGACUGGCAUCGGCGGGGGAAUUUGCUUCUGGUCAAGGCUUCAUCUUACUGGAUGAUGUGGCUUGCACAGGCAUUGAGCUGUCUCUGUUUGAUUGCCCCCAUAGUAGCUGGGGCCAGCAUGACUGCUCACAUGAAGAGGAUGUGGGAGUCCACUGCUCCCUGGACAGCAACACUGUCCCUGACGAUGCAUCAGGGCUCCCUGUGCGGCUGGUGGAUGGGGAGAGCACCAAAGAAGGGCGCGUUGAGGUUUUCCUGAAUGGGCAGUGGGGCAGUGUCUGCGAUGAUGGCUGGACAGACAGAGAUGCAGCUGUGGUUUGCAGACAGCUGGGUUACAGUGGUGCUGCAAAAGCUAAAAUAAUGGCUUAUUUUGGCGAAGGACAUGGACCCAUCCAUUUAGACAAUGUGGAGUGCAGUGGCACUGAGCGCACCUUGGGAGAGUGCAUCACUCCUGAGAGGAAUACUCACAACUGCUGGCACAGCGAAGAUGCUGGAGUGAUCUGUGACUACAUGGAGGAGGAGCCCCAGGCAAUUGGAAAUGCAGGUUCAGUAUUUGGCAUGUGUGGACUCCGCUUGCUUCACCACAGGAAAAAAAGGAUAAUUGGUGGAAACAAAUCUCUCAGAGGAGGCUGGCCAUGGCAAGUCUCACUACGGCUGAAGGGUUUUCACAGAGAUGCUCGUCUGCUGUGUGGAGCAACACUUAUCAGCAACUGUUGGGUGGUGACGGCAGCUCAUUGCUUCAAAAGGUUUGGAGUGGAUGUGCGGCGCUAUCUUCUGCGCGUGGGAGACUACCACACGGGUGUGAGGGAUGAGUUUGAAAGAGAGCUGCCCGUGGAGAAGAUUGUCCUUCACAGGAAUUACCAGUCCACCAGCAAUGACAAUGACAUUGCCCUGGUCAGAAUUUGGGGCAAAGAUGGCCACUGUCUCUCCUUCAGCCACCAUGUCCAGCCCAUCUGCCUGCCUGACAGGAAAGAGAAGUCCUCCAUAAAUAGACAGGCUUGCGUAAUAUCUGGCUGGGGAGACACAGGGAGGUCAUACUCGAGGACGUUACUCCAGGGCUCGGUGCCCCUACUCCCAAGGGUAGUGUGCCAGUCCCGUUAUGGAAAGAAAUUUACCAAUCGUAUGCUCUGUGCUGGAAAUCUCUCUGAAGAUAACCGAGUCGACAGCUGUCAGGGGGACAGUGGAGGGCCACUUAUGUGUCAAAGGUCAAGUGGUCACUGGGUAAUUCUGGGGAUCACUUCCUGGGGUUAUGGAUGUGGCCGAAAAGACUCCCCUGGUGUUUACACAAAAGUAAGCAAAUUUGCACCCUGGAUCAAGAAGGUGACCAAAUUGAAAUGAGAGUGAUUAACUCAUAAAGAAGGGAUUCAUGUUUCUCUCCCCGGGCAGAAUUUAAAACACGGAACAGUGACUUAGGGGCAUGGCUUUGUUCUGUCUUUGUUUGAGCAUCUGCUGCUUCCACUGGAACCUGACUAGGAUUUGUUUGUGAGUGGGCACUGAAAAGAGACGAUAGGCCACUGAUGGGGACUGAUGAAUAAGAAAUUAUACUUGAUGCCCUUGCAUUGAUUUUUAAGUCCUGCUUGUUGAAGGACAAGCAGUGACCAUAUACGUCUCUCCAACAGAGUUAUCACACUUCUUCAGGAACACGAGGACUGAGGAAUCACUGUAUCCAUGAGGAAUCCCUAACUGCCCAGUUUCUGCACAUUUAAUGAGAGUGUUAGAAAGAAUGGUUUUUUGGGUAUCUCUACAUUAACUAUUUGGUGUGCAAGCCACUACUCUUGUUACCCAAAUGAUAUUGUGCUGUUUUUCACCAGAUCACAUGUUCUGCCUCAACUACCCCCUUUCUCUUUUCCUCCUACCCCCCAUCCACAAUCUAUAAUUCAUUUUAAAGGCAGUAUAGUAUAAAGAAAGGUACUGGCUCAGUUUAGAGAUCGCACCAAAGCACAGUUAAGAAAACUGGCAGUAACUACGUUUUAACCUGAUGUCCAAAUUGACUAACCAUGGUUUGCAAUCAGCUGACAAACCAGAAUUAGAAACCAUGGGUUAAAGUGGAUCUGAAAAGUGUAGUUUGUGCUAACCAUGCGUUGCUGUGAAAAACAAUUUGAAGUGAAAACCCAUUACUGGCAUCAUUUCACCUCCACUGCUCCACCUCCAGAUGCAGCUGCAUCACAAAAAGGGGAAUGAACGUAUGAACUCUGAAGCUGAAAGGACAAAAAUGAAAGCAGACGAACAGUUGUAAAAUAUGGUUUAUGAAUGGAACCACUGUGUUAUUAAUCUCACAAUACUCUCUUGCAUGAGCAAACAAUUAGUUACUCCAUUGAUCUUCUACGUCUCUCACAACAUUCUCUUUCCAUUGUACCUUCCAUCUCAUUCUCUUCACUUCAAUGUUUUCCUCACAAUGUUUAGACAAAGGGAUGUUCACUGGUACUUCUGACACCUCCCUACUAUUUAAACAUGUGGCUGUAUUUGCAUAAGAACAGCAUUUCUUAUCCAUACCUUAAUAUCCAAAUGGGCAUCUUGAUCCAAAGCAUCUGGAUAUUACACGUAUCAAGAUUUAUUUAUUUUAAAAGGCAAAAUGUGAAAUAUUUUGCAACAGAGUGAAGAUCAUGGUUUGGAAACAGUCAAAAAAUAUGCUCAUGAACUAUUUGGGAUCUGUGUCUAUGCAAUUGUUUGCAAAUGCAAUUGUUUGCAAAUGCAAUUGUUUGUUUCUUGUGGGUCAUUCAUGAAGGAAGUGGGGCAGGCAGGCAGGAUAAAGGGCAUGGUGACAGAACGGAAGAGGAGACAGCUUGGAAGAGAAACAGAGCAUAUUUUACAAGGAUGGUGUAAACACUUUAGUGUUUGGAUUUGGUUGAGAAGGAGCCAGGGCUGGACUUAGGAUUUUGACGCCCCAGGUUUGGCUGUGGCACUCCCCCAGUUGAGAAGUGUAGAACCCCAGCUUCAACUUGAGCUGUGCAGGCUGCUCAUUUUGGGGGUCAGAUGACCAGCCUGCAUUGGUUUGGGGAUACAGUGGGAGAGAGGGAAGAGUUGAGGAGCUCUGAACCUGUCUGACGUUCAUGCUUCAUCUAUUGCCAUUGCCUCCCCGUCCCUCUCAGGAGUGCAGAUCUUGCUAUCCUGAGGGCCAAUCCAACUCUCUGUCUCCCAGAGAGGCAGCUUUUAAUGGUGCUGUGAAGAGCUUUCCUCCACGACCAACCAGGCCCAGCCACAGCCAAAUCCACCAUCAAAUGCACCACUUACUACCUGUUUUGGGUGCAAGCACUUGAGGAACCAGUAGAGGCUCCUUCCUGAGCAGCCACAGAAGUAACAGAGCAGAGCGAGGAGGAAGAGGAGGAGGAGGGGAGCAGGGCCAGAGUGCACGGACGUGGAAAGGAGAGGACAGCAAGCCAGCAAAUGGCACCUUUAGCCUGUGGAGCAACUAGGUGGGGGGAGGCAAUUUUAGGCAAUAAGAAGCUGUACAUAAUGUACAGGCCAUUACAGUGCAAUCCUAUGCCUCUUAACUCAGAAGCAAGUCACAUUGUGUUCAGUAAGGUUUACUCACUAGAAAGUCUUUUAAUCUCAUGCUGGUCGCUGACUGAAAAAAAAGAGAUUUGACAUAGAUUUGGCACUAGAAAGUGUAUAUAAGAUUAGACUUUAGUAUGAAUUUUCUCUAUAGCUCUUUGGUUUAUCUCAGGUUAAAUUGGUUGGUGCCUGAUUACAGUGAUUCCCUCAUUCUGCAUUCUUCAUUGAUGGAUUCUCCUUUUACAUGUUUAAAGUGUCUUGUAGCCAGUGUGGCACUUAACUCUAUUUUAGAGAAGCCCAGCACUAGAGGAAUGCACCUCUGCAAUUACCAAAGUGCCACAAAUCUUGUGCCUAACAUUGCCCAGCUGAACACUUGACAGCUCACCAGAAUACAUCAAUAACCACAAAAGAUGUUAAUAAAAGGAUUGUAUGAGAAUAACCUGAUGUGCUUCUUUAACUUCCAGUUGUUUUAAGGAGAGAUA